CGUCGCAUGUUUUAAAGAGUCUCUAAAAACUUGACCGCGUAGAGUCACAGCUGGAACCUGUACCAUAACGUUUUCUGUCACAUUAAUAAUAUUUCCAUUAAAAAAGUUCUUUCAAUCUUGUUUAUCCUCCAUUUCGGACGGUAAUUUUAUUUAUACUUGACACGCCUCCUACAGAAAAGAAAAUGUGCUCUUCAAAAGCUCGCUAUCUGUUAUUAUUUCAGUAUUUCGGUACCAAAUACAGUGGAGUAAUGAAGGCACCUGUUCACCAAAACGUACUUGGGGUUCAGAACUAUUUGGAGGAUGCCCUCAGAAAGUUAAGGCCGGUCAAUGAGAUUGCAGUGUUCAUUUCAAGCCGGACAGACAGUGGUGUGCAUGCCCUGCAGAAUUCUGCCCAUGUGGAUAUUCAGAGGAAGGAGGGGAAUAUGCCAUUUUCAGAGCAGGUCCUUGUUGAUGCUUUAAAUUACCAUUUGCAGUCUGAACCAAUUAGUAUUAUUAAAGCCUUCAGAGUACCAGAUACAUUUCAUGCCCGCUAUUGUGCUCUAUCUAGAACUUACCUCUACCGCCUUGUUACUGGUGUUACUCAUCACUCACAGAUUCCAGUGUUUGAGAGGAACCUCUGCUGGGCUUUACCUACAAAACAUUUUAGCACAGAAGCAGUUCAGGAUGCUGCCCAGCUACUAAAAGGCACCCAUGACUUCAGCACAUUUCGAUCCCUCAAUUCAGAAACACCAUUUAGAUCUCCGGUGAAAACUCUUCAGGAAGCAACUGUUGCACCAGUGGAGAGCUCAUUCUCCCGCCAUUAUUGCCACCAGCACUUGCAGUUCUGGGAAUUAACUUUUCAAAGCAAAUCAUUUCUGUAUAAACAAGUCCGUAGAAUGACCGGUGCCCUGGUUGCAGUGGGACAAGGGAGGCUUACUCCAAAACAACUGCAGGAUCUCUUAGAUGUUCGGAAUUCACUAGCAUUUCCACAGAAUUUGAUUGCACCACCAGACGGGCUGUUUUUGAAGGAAGUAAAAUAUGAGAACUUUAAAAACUGAAACAUAUACUUAGAUAAUUUACUAUUUUUGGAAAUACUUUUCAAAAAAGAAGUUCACAAAAACUUUGACAAUUAUAUGAAACAUUUACAUUUUUUACAAAUUGCUUUUUUUUUCUUCACAUUUUUGUUGAUAAAUUAUGUCAUUUAAAUUCACAUUUAUUCCAUUCUGUAUUGUCAUAAUUUUCCAUUAGAAAUUUUGAAAACUGCAUGUGGGCUUUUUCUGUCAUCUGACAUCUGGUUAAAUCAAACGUUGCAGUGUCAGUCUAUUUUACAGAAUCUGAUUCAAUAAUAUUAAUGUAAUGAUUUUAAAGACAUACAUUUUCUCUGCAAAAACCUACUCUCAACAUUUUCUCAUACUGUAUACUACAGAAGAAUAUGUGUUAAAAUUCAAUUUGUUAGCUAAGGAUAAAAUUUGAAAAACAUAACAUAACACUGCGCAGAUUCGGACACCAGGCAAAAUAUGAGUGGGUGGUUAUUACCUAGACCAAUAGGCUGAUGAAGUCCACUGUGAAAGUAAUAUCUGGUCACUUCAUCCAUUCAUUUUUUUAAAUCUGCUUUUUCUUUAUGUAAAUACAGUGAUACCUUGAGGUACGAGUUUAAUUCGUUCUGUGACUGAGCUCGUAAGUCAAAAUGCUCGUAUCUCAAAUCAGUUUUCCCAAUUGAAAUUAGUUGAAAUGAGAUUAAUUCAUGCCAGCCCCGAAAAAACCACUCCAAUUUUUUGUUAAAUGUUUUUAACAUAAGAAAAAUGUAUUUAUAAUGAACAAAUAUUGUAUACAAACAAAA